AUGGAGGCUGGCAGGCCGCUGGACCCCCAAAACCACUCAUUUUCGACUCCACCAUCUCUCCCAAGGGUGGCAGCCCCAACCCCAAGCCCUUUGGAAAAAGGAAAGUUACAGCCGCCACCUCUCAUGGAUUCCCACAACCUAUACAAACACAGAUUCAACCACCAACUUCCCCACGAUCGACGUGCUGCUGCGUUUUUUGAAGAUGAAAUACAAACCCUAGCACAAUCGUUCAAGACGUCCCUUGUGGGUAAGUUCUCUUGGAUGCCAAAAUUGCAAGAAGUCAAAUAUGCAUUUAAAGGGAUAGGUUUAGCAGGGGCUUAUGAAGUUAGAUGGUUAGACUAUAAACAUGUCCUCAUCCACUUGUCUGAUGAACAAAACUUCAAUCGGAUUUGGACAAAGCAGAAUUGGUUUAUAGCGAAUCAGAAAAUGAGGGUGUUCAAGUGGACUCCAGAGUUUGAACCAGAAAAAGAAUCAGUUGUGGUACCCAUUUGGAUCUCCUUCCCAAACUUAAAAGCUCAUCUGUUCGAGAAAUCAACUUUGUUGUUGAUUGCAAAAACGGUGGGAAAACCACUAUUUUUGGAUGAGGCCACUACUAACGGGUCGCGGCCAAGUGUGGCUCAUGUUUGUGUGGAGUAUGACUGCAGAAAACGAAUGGUGGAACAAGUUUGGAUAGUGGUUCAGAAUAGGGAAACGAGUGCAGUAAUGAAUGGAUAUUCUCAAAAGGUAGAGUUUGCUCAUAUGCCAGCUUACUGUGACCAUUGUUGUCACGUUGGUCAUAAGAAAGUUGAAUGUAUAGUGCUGGGAAAUAAAGUUAAACCAUCCGGAUCCAGCAAGUUACAGCCUAUUAGAGAGGCGGAGAAGGCUGCGGACUAUGGAGGAGGUAGUUUCAAAAACCCUAUUCCACCACUUAUCUGA